AUGUUGUUUAUGAUUGACCUGCAGUCCUCGGAUGCGCUUUAUGACGCGCACGACAGCAAUGCUAUCCUACUGCUGGCACUCUUUAUCGAUGAGUUGAAGAGCACGCCGUCUCGAUCCAUUGAAAGAGUACAAAGAAGCAAGAAGGCGAAGAAGCUGGCUGCUCUCAUCACAACGCCCUCAGCCUUGGGCUUUAGAAUCCCCGUGGAGGGCCUGGUCUCAACUUACAAUAUCUGGUUCUGGUUUCGGGGAGGCAGUUAUUUCCAGCACGAGAAUCCUUGCCCGACGUAUGCAUUCUUCUUUGCGAAGCUGUUAGCAAAUGGGCCCCUCUAG